AUGAGUAAAAAAAACCCAAAAACUUUCAUAUAACUAAUAAUUUAGAGACUUCUACGAUAUCAUGUAAAUCUAAGAAUUCCUUCAAAGAUCUAAGCGAUUAUAGAAGUAAAAUUUGACUAAAAAGUAGAUCGCACUCCUGUAGAGAAAACAUUAAACUUACAUUAAAAUUAAGAGAGCGUUACUAAAAUUAAACAAAUGCUUAAUAACUUAGUAUAAACCGAUAAUAAAUCUUCAACUUCUUUAUUUGGAUAAGGUCUUAGAGAUAAAUAAAUAUAAGACACUAAGUCUACAAGGGGAGAUAAUUCUAGAAAUGCUUCAACCUCUGGUUAUGUUAAUAAGAAUCCAUUAAAUAAAACAACCAAAACUAACGAUACUUUUUUCAAAUAAAAUAUCCCCACCCCUUAAUCAACUCGAGAGUCUAAUCAAAAUAAUGGCAAUCUAUCUAAUCUAUAUUACAUGUUUUAAAAUAAAUAAUCUGAUCCAUAAAUUAAGCAUAAUAAUUUAACUUUAUCUUAGUUAGCAAAAUAAUAAUAAUAAUAGUAGUAAUCUUAACAAUAAAAAUAAUAAAGAAAUAGCAAUAACACAACUCCUUAAAAAUCAGGAAAUAAUGGUAAUAAUAAAAAUAUUUCAUCAACUGAAUAUCUCAAUCAAAUAUAAUAGCUUAAAUUAAAAAUUGAUAAUAGUUUAUUAAGAAAACCUGCAUAGAAAACAGAAAAAUUACAAAAAUCGAAUAAUUCCUAAUUGAUCAAAAGUAUCUCAUCUUAGAUUUUAAAUAAAUAACCGUAAGAUGCUAAUUAAGGAGUAAAGAAGGAAGUUAUCUAAGAAAGAGUCUUUUAAUUAUUACUGGAAAAAGAAUAGUUAUGGAAUCAAAUGAAUACAUCAUUAGAUAAUAUUAACUAAAAUUAAUUAAAUUAACUAUGUUAGUAGAUCCAGUAAUCUUUAAAUUCCCUUUUAGAUCGAAAAAAUAGCGAAUACUUAUCUAAAAUAGAUAUGAAUAUCAUUGAUACAUUCCUAUUAGAAUCUUACACAAUCCUUAUUAUAGCACUUGAAUACUUAAAGACUUAACAAAGUUUUGACUAAAAUUUAAGAAAUCUCAUUGUCUAUGUUACUCAAAGUAACUUUUACACUCUAUAAUCAAUUUUUAACUUUGUUCCAAAUGUAAUACUUUCUUUAAUUUCAGGAUACCUUAAAAUAAAGAAUCGAUAUGAGAUAAAUUUAAUUAAAGAAACCUUAAAAUAAAGCCAAGCAAACCCUGUAAAAAAACAAUUUUAUAAUAAAAUCGAUUCUAGAAUUAAUGAAUUGACGACACAAGUCACCCAGAGAUAUAUUCUCAUUUAGGAUUUAAUUCAACCACAAAAGAAAAUCCUCCAUUAAAUAGCAAAAGAAAUUAUAUAAGAUGAAAACCAUAAUAAUUUGAACUGCAAAAAGCCUUCAAAACUUGAUGUAAAAACCAAUAAAAUGUUAUUGCCAAAAAAGCCUUUGAAAAACUACACUUUAGUUUUAGAUCUUGAUGAGACUCUAGUGCAUUAUUAGGAACUUCCUAAUGGAGGAGGCUAAUUUUUAGUUAGACCUUAUGCAGAAGAGUUUUUGGAGAAAUUAUCUAAAUAUUAUGAAUUGGUAAUAUUUACUGCCGCUCAACCGGAUUAUGCUAAUUUCAUUAUUGAUAUAAUUGAUAAGUAAAAAGUAGUGACUUCAAGACUUUAUAGAGAACACACUUGUUACAAAGAUAAUAUUUACCUUAAAGAUUUAUCAAUAUUGGGUAGAAGUUUGGAAAGAGUUAUUAUAGUUGACAAUAUGCCAGAGAAUUUCUAAUUAUAGCCAGAAAAUGGUAUUUACAUACUGAGUUGGACAGGUGACUAAAAUGACAGGGCUCUUAAAGAUCUAAUGCCUUUAUUGGAAUAAAUUGCAUUAAAAAAAUGUAAAGAUGUUAGAGAUGCUUUAAAUCAAUUUAGGGAGCAAAUGAUCUAAAAGGUUUAACAGGGUAUUAAAAACCCAUAUCAAAAUCUCUCCUUGGAAUGAAACUUAAUUGUGAAGAUAUUUUUAUGUUUUAUUUAUAAAUCAAAUUUAACAA